UGUUAUAUACAAUAACAAACCAACGGGGUAUCACAAGUGAAGGGUGAAACGACAAUCAUGGCGGCGUCAAUUCCUCGCUCAAACGAUCUUGCGACUCUUCCAGAACUUGAAACAGAAAUUAUCCUACACGAACUCAAACUUCGCUACCAGCAAGACAUCAUUUACACGUACGUCGGGGAUAUUCUAAUUGCUGUUAACCCGUUCAAGACCUUGCCAAUUUACAGUCAAAAUGUGUCAAGUCAGUACAAGAUGGCGGUCAAGUCUAGUCUUGCGCCUCACAUCUAUGCAUUGGCGGACGCUGCAUACCAGGCGAUGCUCGGCAAAGGCUCAACGGGCCCACAGAACCAAUGCUGUGUCAUAAGUGGUGAGAGCGGAGCGGGCAAGACUGAGUCAACAAAGUUCAUUAUCUGUCAGCUUGUGGAGCUUUCCCAGGGAACAUCCCAGCUUGAGCAACAGAUUCUACAGGUGAACCCUCUUCUCGAGUCAUUCGGUAACGCCCAGACCCUGAUGAAUGACAACUCAAGUCGCUUUGGCAAAUACAUCCAGCUCAAGUUUCAUGCAGGCACAGUUGUUGGAGCCAAAAUCUCGGAGUACCUCCUGGAAAAGUCUCGUGUAGCGAUGCAAAGCAGUGGAGAAGAGAACUUUCACAUAUUCUAUUACUUGUUCGCGGGACUUUCUCAGGAAGAGAAAAAGAAGUAUCAUCUUCAGACACCUGAAAAGUACAGUUAUCUUAGUAACGGAUGGGACCGUCGAAAACAGAAAGCCAACCAGGACCACUUUGGGCAGCUACAAAACGCAAUGGAUCUAGUGGGGUUUUUAGAUGAGGAGCAAGAGGACAUGUUUACUAUUUUGUCUGCUGUGCUGACACUUGGAAACAUGAAGUUCGAGGAAGGCGAGCAUGAGGGAGCUGUAAUAGCUGAUGCACAUGCGUCACUCAAAACAGCCGCUAAGCUAUUGGGUGUCAAAUCAGAUAAACUGGAAGAGGUAUUGACAUCUACCUCGACAGUUAUGCGAGGAAGUUGCAUCAAACGCAGGCUCAAACCUCAUCAAGCGCAAGACGUACGAGAUGCGACAAGCAAGGCUUUGUAUGGACGUCUCUUUAGCUGGAUCGUCAACAAGAUCAACCAUUUGCUGGCUCCAUCCAUAGAAUCACUUGAUCAACAUCUCACUGAAAUUGGCAUCCUUGACAUCUUCGGUUUUGAACAUUUUGAGACGAAUAGCUUUGAGCAGGCCUGCAUCAAUCUCGCAAAUGAACAAUUACAGUUUUUCUUCAACCAGCACAUCUUCAUGUGGGAGCAGGAGGAGUACAAGAAGGAAGGCAUCGACUGGACCUCCAUCUCAUUCCAGGACAACAAACCAGUGCUAGAUCUUUUCCUUGGUAAGCCAAUUGGGAUCUUGGCUCUGCUAGACGAAGAGUCACACUUUCCACAGAGCACAGACGAGACGUUUGUACAAAAGCUUCAAAAGAACUGUGGAGACAACAAGUUCUUUCAUAUAUCAGGACGAGGGCAGAUUGACACCUUUGUAAUCAACCACUAUGCUGGGGAGGUUGAAUACAGCAGUUAUGGGUUCCUAGAAAAAAACCGCGACACCCUUCCAGCUGGCGCGAUGGAAACAUUACAGCACAGUGACAACGAACUGAUCAGUACCAUUUUCAGGGGGACCAUAACCCGCACAGGCACUCUAGCGCUUCAGGGCAGGGUCAUGAAAGGCAAUCAGAUAAGACGAACGCGCGUGAGCAAAGGCCGUCAAAUAACGCCCAACACCAAGAAAGUAACUGUAGGUGGACAGUUCAAGACGUCGCUAUCGGUCCUAAUGGAAAAAAUGACCGCUGCCAGUCCGCACUUUAUUCGCUGCAUCAAACCAAACACUUCUAAGGUCCCUGGGAACUUUAAUGAUAACUACGUUGAGACACAGCUUAAGUACACUGGUGUACUGGAAACUACUCGCAUACGUAGGGAGGGGUACGCCGUGCGCAUGCCACACGCUGAGUUCGUGGAGAGGUAUCGUCUUGUUGCGCAUCGCCCCAGUCUACCGCCUAGUGAAGCCAACUGUCGCCUUAUCCUCAAUAAGUCUAAGCUGACAGACUGGCAUAUAGGAAAAACCAAGGUGUUCAUCAAGUACUGGCACACGGAGCGACUCACACAGAUGCUUGAAGAGGUUCAGAUGUCUGUUUUAAAGAUGCAAAAAGUGGUGCGAGGUUUCCUAUGCCGCCGACGGUUCAAGAGAAUGAUUCAUGCGUACAGAGCUCAGCAGAGGGAGGUUGCAGCCUUGAUGAAAAAGGCAAGAGAGUUACAAAUCGACUUGAAGCAAGUGGAAGAUGUUAAACAAAAGCGAAACCUAGGUCUCCCCAAAAGUACAAACACCAAAUACGUGUCUCUCGAUUUCCGCUCACAUUUGCCGCCGCCAGUUGCUGCUAAGACGAGUGAUAGCGACAUCAAAAACGUUGGGACAUUCAACCGACUAGAAGACGUGCAGUUCGUAGAUGAAGGAGUUGGAGAUUUUGAUGUCGAGGAGGAUGACUUUUUUCGUGAACCCGACAGUGCAAGAGCCAAAUUUGGGGCUGUUGCAACCAAAGAAAGCGCUGUUCAGUGGUAUCAGGAAACUCAGGCCCCAAAGCUUGCCGGGAUGGAGGCAAACGGCGUGUUUCACGAGUGGUUUCACGGGAUCAUCACACGAAGGCGCUCUGAGGAGCUACUUGGACCUAAACCAGUGGGUUGCUUCUUGGUUCGUGUGAGCGAGAGUCGUUUUGGAUACACAUUGAGCUACCGCGCGGAAACUCGCUGUAAGCAUUAUAUGAUCGACCAGACUCGUUCUGGAAAGUACAUCAUCGUGGGUAUGCCUAAGGUCUACAAGACUCUCAACGAUCUGGUCAUUUACCACAAAACGACGCCCGUGAAUCCAGAGGGCGACCUGUUGUUGGUUGCGUGUGGUCAGGACGAUGAUGACGAAGUUGAUUACAUCGACCUCGUCUCGUACGGCGCGCCACAGUUACCAUCGAAGCGUCUUCCAGGGAAUGAUGAAGCACCACCACUACCAGCUAGAAGUUACAAACAGUCCGGGCGAUGAAUGAAAUACCCAGAGACAUCUGAUAAUUACAUCUGAGCACAGCACGCUCCUUCCCCGAAGGCUACCAGACUGGUCGAACAAUGCAUGGACUUAUCCCAAAUGCAAUCUGAGGGCCCACAAAGAUAGUAUAGACAGGCCUAACACUAAAUGCAUUUCAGUCAAGACUUCAGGUGGCUCGACCAAGUAUUCCCUCCAUCACACCGUCCACUGCGCGAAGAAAUGAAUUCAGAUUCCAUAGCCAAUACACCAAAUCAAUAACACAAAGAUGAAAAUAUAAUAUGACAUAAAUUUUGUUGAUCAACAAAUCAUGCAAUAUGCAAUACAGCCUAGACAUGUAGACUCGCUUCUAAUGGAGGUUUUAUCAUUGAUUGUGGCUAAUGGCUGUAAAAUGAGACCUGACAGAGCGAAAUAGGGGUAUCUAUUUGUGACUUGAUCUGUGCUUGCUUGCCUCUAUUUGUAAUUCGGAAAUUCAUGUCUUUUUUGGUACGGGAUGCUUUUGAGUUUAAGCAUUUGUUUACAGAAAUCAAGGUUAAUAUUUUGCAAUGGAGUCAAUUCUAUUACAUUGCUUUGAUGCCCUUUUGACGGUCGUCUAUGCCUUGGAUGAAUCCAUGAGUAUCCGGGUCUGGUGAUGUUCAGUUUGCAUUUCUGACGUUUUGGAGUCGGGCCAAUAUUUUACGGGCGUCUGGGGACGUUAUAGUAAUGAAAGACUUAGGCAUUUGUUAAUAAAUAUGUCAAAAAACAA